GAACGAUGGCUGAGAAAGCCAGUGCCACUACUGCCCUGCAGUGGGUAGAGCGUCUUUUGGAGCCGUCUGCGAGCGAAGACAUGAUGAUCGAAGCUGCUCAGGUGUUUUCACCAGGUCACUACUCUGACGUGGUGGACGAGAGAAUUAUAAGUCGUCUAUGUGGCUAUCCGCCAUGCAGUAACCCUCUGGACCUCAGCCGCAGCAGAAAAACGACUAGUAAACUUAGUGAACUACGAGUGACUGAUGAAGGUGAAGAUGCAGAGUCUGGAGAUAGUGAGCCGAGAGAUUCGGUACAUCUGGCACACCCGAAGCUGUCACCGGUCGGUCGUCUUCUCCACGCAAUGUCCAGCUGGUGUACUCCCGACACCCGCUGCUUUGUGGAGCAAGCGAGACAACAGACACAUUCAGAGAGAGAUCCUGUCCAGACACCAGAAAGAGACAGUGGUAAAGUAUAUGCACCAUGUGUUGUGGAAGGCAGCAAUGCAGCUGUGAUGAAGAGGCCUGUCAGGAGAGCGAGGCAGAGAGUGGAGGAUGACAGGGAAGACCUGGAUGAUGUUCAAGAGGUCUUGCCACCUGUUCAGCAGCUCUGCACAAUCGGCAGCUCAGCAGGACAUCUUGGUGCAACAGUAUGCGACGAAUGUCUCAAGUGUUGCAGUAGACCUUAG